GCGUCAUUGUAGCGUAGAGCGCGGACGUCCUUCGUUGAGUCCAAUCGUCUUGGUCGUUACCAUUGGCUUGCCAACAGCUGUCUUUGAACAUUGUCAGUAGUGUUUGUAGUGCCGAUGUACCGUCCACGUCGUUUCUCGCGACUCGCUGCGAUUGUGUUUUUUGUUGUUAUUAUCUAGUGUUUGUGUAUUUAUAAAUAAUUUUUCGUGUAUAUAAGUGAGUGUGUUUGACUAUUGCUCACCUCCCCGUGUGUAUUUUACUAUUGUCCCCCUCCCGUGUGUGUGUUCGAGUGAUGCGUCAGUGUCCGUUACGAAAGACUUGUUUCCGCUAGUGCGCUUUGAACGUUAUCCGGUAAAUACGUGCACCGGUCAUUCGCCCACCCAUCCGUCUGCCUUUGAAGAAUGUCAAUUUAUUCUCAAUGUAACAUGCAGAUAUUAUAAACUGGUUUGAAAUAUAAUCACAAAUACAAAAAUGGGGUCUAAAUUAAAAAAGAGAGAGAAGAACCACAUUUAUAAUCAUGGAGAACAUUCCACAAGGUUCAAUACAAAAAGAGUUAUGCAAAUGAACAAUGAACAUAUGUUUAUCAAAGAAUGUGCUGUACAUUUGGCUCCCCCAAUCAUUAUGAGGAGAUUGAAAAAGCAUGCUAGAAAACUUCCAGAAACUAUAGAGGGGCUUACCUUUGGAGUGAACCAAAGAUACCCUAAACGGAGAAAAAUAGAACAUUAUCAAGAGGAUUUUAUCAAGAGUGAUUACAUAGGACCAUUUAAUGUUAAACAUCUUACAAGAAAUUCUAUUAAUAUCUUCCGCAAAUUUAGGUUUAAAAGUAAAAUCUAUAACACUAAACGUUCUAAAACUCCGUUACAUUUUUUAAAAUUGAAUCCAGAUAUUGUUUUAGAUUUUAUUAAAUACCCAUCUGUCGAUAAAAUCUCGAAGCUACUGGAUUUAAUGUAUACUGAAUCUAUACAAUUCAAAAAAUAUACAAUUGGUUUAGUAAGCAGGCAACAGAGCAGGCAAAUGUCUAUUGAUCUUAAAAAAUAUUUAUUUGAAUUAUGUUAUCAAAAAUUCUGUGAAUUAUGGAUGCACAAAACACCUAGAAUACCUGUAUUAUCUUUGAAACAAUUCAAACGAUUCAAAAGUACACUACUCAGACAUUCAAGAUGUAGAACAACUAUAUGUAACAUGAGUUUAAAAAAAUUAAUAUUGUAUAAUGGAGGUUUAACAGGGUAUCCUAAGAAACCACACCUAGUUUUAUGUAUUAAUAUAAUUUGUAGCUUUUUCAAUACUAUAUCGAGGAAAUGUUUUAGAAUGCUUUCUAUGAGGUAUAAAAAAAAGGCGAAUUGCAAAGGUUAUAAAAAUGAAAUAACGUCUAUAAAACUCUACCACAAAGGUACGACAAAAAGAAAACAAUUUUUGGAAAUUAUUGAUGAGUACAAACAUUUAAUGAAUGUCGAUAGACUCAGUCCUUAUCAAGUAGCUGACAUAAAACAUGCUUAUGAAAAUAUACUCGAACCUGGACAAUGCAUAGAUAAAGUAGAUUUAGAAACAUGUGCAAAUGAAAAUUAUGAUUUUAAUAGAUUUCAAGAUGGCACUAAAAUAAACCACACUAUUAUUUCUGAAGAUCUCAAUACAAUUAAUAACGAUGACUUUGAUCUUGACGAUAUUGAUAGAACACCAGCUAGUGUAUUAAAGUUCUUGUACAAUACUCCUACUCCUGAGAUCGAUAAUUGUUUUAAGGCUGAUAAAUUUCCAAAACAUGAUCUUAAGUUUUUCAAAGAAAUUCAAUCUCGUAAUUUUUUUAAUCGCAAAAAAGUUAAGCAUAACAUGGAAACUACUAAAGAUAAUUCAAAAAAUAGGUCCACAGAAGCAAUUGUGAAACCAGUUCAUGUCCAAUGUACUUCCAAUGAAAACCAUAAUAUCGAAAAUGAAACUCUGAGACAUUCUUCAAGAGAAGUAAAACCGUUCAUAGAUUGCUUAGAACAAAAAAGAACUGCCAUAGUUGAUCAAGAUAUGGACAUUCCAACCGUUGAUUUAGAGAGAACUGUUAUAAGUUACUCUGGAGAAGGAACGUCUUAUUCCAAUUAUUUAGAACUAGAAAGACCAACAAAUACUUUGGAAAUGCAAUGUAUUAGUUCAAACAAUUGUUUAAGACUAAGUGAAAGACAUGAAAAUACAUUAUUAUCACAUCAAAUAAAAUUAAACAAAUUAGAAAAAAGAACGUUAUCGAUUAUUAUGUAUUCAGAUGUAAAUCUUUAUAAAAUAAAUUGGAAAAGGUAUCCACCUGGUAGUAGAACAAGGUUGUUUCAAAUUCUCGUGUACAUUGGAAGCUUCAAGAUGGCGCUUUGUGAUAAGCUUAACUUAGACUUUCUUGGUUUAAGAGAAAACAAUAUAUGUGAUAUGAUAGACAUUGACAAACUUUUAAGAUCCAUACAAACUGAGACGUGUUUGCAACAAGAAUAUUUUACUUUUACUGAAGUGGAAAAUUUUUUGAUUUGGCCUUUAGGUAAAGUAAUUGUAAAUAAUAUAAUUUCCCAAAGGAGUCCAACUAUUAACAUUUUAUUUAGCUUCGUUAAAAAUAUUAUUACUAAAUUUUGCGAAAAGGUAAAAGAUUUUUUACAAAAAUCUGGUCUUAGGAUUGUACUGAACAAAGAAUCUCUUUUUGAGAGCUUGUCAAAUGUUCAGAUAGGCCACGACGGCCAUAAUACUAAGCUAUCACUUAAAUAUGCACAUGCCCAUGGUCUGCCAUCAUGCUCAGCGAAUAAUGAUGCGCCAGAAAGUUCAAAUUCUGAACAUUUUCGUGUAACAAAUACAGGGUUUUGUAUAAAGAAAAACAGUUCGAAUGAAGAAAUAUGUAAGAGUAUGGUUGAUAUUCUUAAAUCGGACGAUUCUAUUCAUCAGUCUUGGAAAGAAUGUAAUAAUUCGCAUAGAUUCAUAUCCAAGCUUCUGAAAGCUGGUGUCACAUUGCCAAUAGAAGAAAGCAAUACUGGACAUGGUUCAAAAUUUGUUGAAGUAUAUGUAAGAUGGUUUUGUGAAGAAUAUCUUCAAGAUGAUAAAUUUUAUAAAUUGGCAGUAAGUAUCUUCAAAAAUAUUUUCCUUUAUAUUGAUACUGCAAGUGGAUGUACAGACAUUAAAAUUGAAGCCGCAAUUAAUAAUGCGUUAAUGAUAUUGUAUGAUCAACCGUGUUUUGCGAAAGCGUAUGAAUCAUAUCUUAAUACCAAAUACCCUAAGUGUUUGUCUAGUUCAAAACAUAACUGUAAUAAUGAUAAAGAAAACCACAGUGAUUUCAAAGGUGUCAAUAUAAGAGCUAUUGAGAAACUGCAAAUUGAACCAAAUGUAAAUGUCCAAAUGGACCCUAUGGACACCAAUGAUGUUGGUAUGUCACUUGUUACUUGCAAUUUAUCCACAUCUAAUGAGUUAGAUAUUAUAAAUAAUGUUACAAUUAAUAAUUUAGUUACUCCAGAUACUCAAUCUUUAAAUGAUGACUUCGAGAACGUGUUUAUUCCAGAUUUUAAAGAUUUAAUGAAUGCAAAUAAUGAGAUUACAUCUAAUGGUUUGAUCGAAAAUAUUAAAAAUUUUGAUGAAAAUAAUCUAUAUGAUGGUUCUGUUACUAAUGAUCUGAACUUGAUGGAUAUUGAUGUUCCUAAUUAUAAUAAUCAAAAUUUUAAUGAAGAUCAUCCAUUUGAUGAUGAUAUUUUAUUUGAUGAUAAUCAUUUCAAUGAUUUAAUUUCGUUAGAAACCUAUUCGUCCAAUGCUAUAUUUGAGUCCGAUUCAGAAUUACAACAAUGCAAGAAGACAAAUAAUCUUUCUGCGGUAUUCUCGUUUGAUUACUAUAAUAAUCAAGACCCGGCCGAAGAAGAAUUUAAUUUACAAUUUCAACAAUCCAAGAACACGGAAGAAGUUUCUAUGAUAUCCUCUGAACUUGUUAAUUUUGACCUGAACGAUCAAAUUAAUCUCAAUGAUCUUAAUAUGGCAGAUGAUUACCAAUAUGGUUUUUACAAUGCUGGUGUACUAUUGCCGCCUUAGAAUUGAAUGAUAUUAAAUUUUAUCAAAAACAGUUUAAAAAAAAAAAAUAUUAUUUUAAAGAUUAAUUA